GGUGAGCUUUACGCAACCGCAUUCACCAUUCUUACCCAAUUCUUCAAUCUCCACCACUAUCAGAUUCCUUCUUCCACUUCCCUUCCAUCGAUUUUCCUUUCCCCACCACCCUCAUUAUCCAAUCUCCCAAGAAUUCGAUCGGUCUUGCCGAUUCGUUGACGGAGCGAGGAGAAUUCUGCGGAUUCCAUGGGUAAUAUCGGGAGCAGCGGCGUGCACGGCCGGAGGAGGAGUUCCAGCCGGCGGAACCACCCUCCUCCGCCUCCGCCGCAGGCUCCGCAGCCGGAGAUCACCGCCAAUAGGUACGUCUUCGCGGCGGCGACACCGUACCCUCCGUCGCAAUACCCCAACCCUAAUUAUCACCCCUAUUAUCAGCACCCUGGGUAUUAUGCCCCUCCUCCGCCGGGAGCGAUGCCGCUGCCUCCGCCGGCUCCGUACGAUCAGCAACACGCGGUUAAUUGGGUGAACGGUCGAUAUACGUAUGGUCCGAUGAUGCAAGCUCCGCCUCCUCCGCCCCCUUAUGUGGAGCACCAGAAGGCGGUUACGAUCCGGAAUGAUGUUAAUUUGAAGAAGGAAACAUUGAGGAUCGAACCUGAUGAAGAGAAUCCUGGGAAACACCUCGUCGCGUUUACGUUCGACGCCACUGUCGCCGGAAGCAUCACUAUAAUUUUCUUUGCCAAGGAAGGUGAAGGCUGUUCCUUGACUCCAACAAAGGAAAGCUUACAUCCACCCAUCACUGUCCAUUUCGAAAAGGGUUUGGCACAAAAGUUCAGGCAGCCUCUAGGAACUGGGAUAGAUUUCUCACAAUUCGAGGAGGGAGAAUUGUCAAGAGAUGGGGACAUGGAAGUUUACCCUUUGGCCGUUAAGGCGGAGACAACUCAAGAUAGUCGAGCUGGAAACCCUGCUGCUGAUAAAGGAGGAUCCACAAACUCUCAGAUCACACAGGCUGUGUUCGAGAAAGAUAAGGGUGAAUAUCAUGUUAGAGUGGUGAAGCAAAUCUUGUGGGUAGAUUGCAAGAGAUACGAGCUACAAGAGAUAUAUGGGAUUGGGAAUUCCGUGGAGGGUGAAUUUGAUGGGAAUGAUCCUGGAAAAGAAUGUGUCAUCUGCCUUUCUGAACCCCGAGACACUGCUGUUCUUCCCUGUCGACAUAUGUGUAUGUGCAGCGAGUGCGCAAAAGUCUUGAGGUUCCAAACAAACAGGUGUCCAAUAUGCCGACAGCCAGUUGAACGUCUGCUAGAGAUCAAGGUCAACAAUGGGGCUGAUGAACGAUGAAAACUAGCUGCUGCUGCACCGAUUCUGUAAAGUUUUUCAGUAUGUUCAACAUGUUUUUAUUUACUCUUCCGGGCUUUCUUUUACUCUCCUAUUUAUCCGCCUCAUUGCCUCCGAAACUCACAUAAUACUUGCUUGAAUAACCAGGCCGAAAAGUCUUAAAAGGCAAAUGAGUCUUUUUUAUGAA